GAGGGAGGGAGUCCGUCUCGGCACUAAGGGAGAGAGCGAGCGUGACAGGCACAGAGAGGGCAAGAGAGCGACAAGGAGUCAGAGCUAAUCGGGGGAGCGAGCCCCUAGUGCCAGAGAGAGUGAGAAAGCCAGACAGGACCACACAACCAGGCUCAGACUGCUGCCUUUCUCCCAUUAUGACAUACCUAACAUUGUUGGACGCCCUGGCCUUGUUGCUGCUGGUCUGUGCCCCCAUGGGUCACGCAGGUGUGGUGGAAGACUUCAACCAUGCAGAACGGUGCAAGGACUCCCUUUUCAUGGGCACCCCGCCACGGGGCUACCUCAGCACCUCCUUGAAGAAGAUCUGCCAGCGGUACGAGAACAAGCCCCGCUAUGCCACCCUCUACGACCCCCAGAAGCACAUCCCCAUCUAUUCCGCCUACACCUUCAAGAAGUCCGACGGGGAGAAGCGAGUCGACUUUCCCUGGAUGUAUGAGCCGCAGCUGUCCUCAGAAAAGGGGAGCAGCAACAUGGAGCCCUUCCCCCAGACUCACAUGCACAUGAACUUUGAGGACACACAAGCAGUCCUAGAGGACUUUGCUGACGUAGACAGGUACGAGAGGGGUCAGCUGAACCCGGACCAGCACCAAGAGGACCCCAUAGACAAGGCCGCCACCUACACGCUGACCAACGUGGUGCCUCAGGUGCGGGAGUUCAACACCGGUUCCUGGGCCAAGCACGAAGAACGCAUCCGCCUGCGUCUCAACAACUACUGUCGGGGGAAGGCCUACAUAGUGACUGGAGUCACCACCUCCGGGAACAUGAUCCGCCGGGACAAUCUGGACCGCGUGGCCAUCCCGCAGUAUAUGUGGUCGGCCUACUGCUGUGCAGACUUUGACCACAAUGCACCUUACUUUGUGCGUUAUAAGUUCCCAGUCUAUGGUGUGUAUGCUCUCAACGACCACAUCGGCAAUCAGGUCAUAGAGCUGCCGCUCAAGAACCUCGAAAAGUUCCUUAAAAGUAAGAUGAAUGUGGACAAAAAUUUCCAGAUCUUCUACAACGACUGUGUUGCCGAAUCUUGAAAUGUGCACAAGCGUGGAACAGCACAGUCCUCAGUGUCACGUGUUUAGUGAUGUGUUCUGCACCAUAGCCAUUGCCGAAAAUGUCACAUUUCAUCAUUUGAAACAAAAAUCUGUUGUUCAAUUGUUGUUCAUUUGUUUACAUGUACUUACCUUCCAAAAGCACCCAUAUGGUAAAACAGCAAUACUUUGUGGAUAACCCUGAUGUCUGUAGUUUAGAGUUGAAAAUGGUCAAUACUUAAAUAAAUAAUUAAUAAUACAUUUAUUUCUUGGUUGCACUGCAAUUUGUCCAUCUUGACAUAUGACAUGAUCAGCUCACUAAAGCACAAGCUGUUAUGAACACACCACAAUGUGCACAGCAACCCAGAAAAGGUUCCCUCAGUGAAGCAACCAGCACCUUCACUGGUAGUACUCUGUACUGUAGGUUUACAACAGAUUGUGUGUCUCCUGUCCUAUUUAUCAGAAUGUACAACACUGCCGCAAAAAAGAGCUCAUUGAUUAUCUCACUUACUCCGGAAACACUGGCUGCAAGGCUAGUAUGGGUGCACCCUGGAUGCGACACCAUACAACAGUCCAUUGCAGAGUAAGAAAAUAUGCACACAAUCACCCACACAGGCAGACACACUAUGAGCAUUGUAGCAUUGCCAAUGCACCUGAACUGCAUGUCUUUGGACAUUGGGAAGAAACCAGAGCAGCCACAGAAAACCCAUACAGACACUAGGAGAGCAUGCAACUCCACACAAAGGUACAACCAAACAGCUAAGGAACUGUAAGGCAGCAGCGCUAGCUCAUUAAGUAUUUUAGAGAUAAUUUGGCCUUUACAGCAAUAAAAAGGAUUGGAUCACAAUGCAUCUGGCAAGUUUAAAUCGAGUCCAGUUUUUUUUCUUCUCACUCCAGAAACUGACAAGUGCUUUGAAAUUGAACUCAGGAACACAACAAUCAAUGGAGUUCGCUCUUGGAGCUUCCAGUGUGGUUUGAGCUGCAUCUUUCCAACAUGACUUUGAUCCCCUCAUAGUAGGUGUGGGGCACUUCUAAGCAAUCGUUUCCAGCCUGUGAUGCAGCAUUUUUCAGAAUACAUUGUAAACAGUUUUAAGAGCAUAAGGCUACUUUUAUCCUCUACGGUCUCCCUAUCUCUGAACUUUAACCAUUCAGAGAAUUUGCACAACCAACAAAAACAACACCCAGGACUAGUCACGAGUAGGAAAGGGAAACUGGAGAAAAUCGAUGUACAAAGGGCAGAAGCAUAUGGUUUACAUCUGAAACAGAAAGGUCUUACAUAAACUACUCAUUCAGUAAAGCACUGAAAAGGUGAGACUGAACAAACCACAGCACAACUCAAGCAUUUAUGGACUUGGCUGGAUUUUCCAGCAGCUGAGCUUUUCAUUAAAUUGCUGUACCAGUUGUUGACCAAAUGAAUCACAUGAUUCAAACUUUGCUUUAACUUGGCAAAGACUGAUGUGAGUUUCUUAUUUUAAAGAAUAAUAUA